AGCGCCCUAGGGCGGGCACGCGGAUAAAAAUGGCGAAGUGGGGGUAGCUGGCGCCGAAGCGAUGGGGCGCGCUAGUGGGGCGGUCGUUGGAACCUCCUAACGUGGGCGCCGGGUUCUCCGCAGCAAUUGGAAGUGGCGACCUCGGGCCGUCACCUACUAGGUCAGACCACGGACUCCGUGGGUCGCCGAGGGCCCCGCCGGGAUUCGGAGGCAAUGGAUGAACAGAGUGUGGAGAGCAUUGCUGAGGUUUUCCGAUGUUUCAUUUGUAUGGAGAAGUUGCGAGAUGCUCGCCUGUGUCCUCAUUGUUCCAAGCUUUGUUGUUUCAGCUGUAUCAGGCGCUGGCUGACAGAGCAGAGAGCUCAGUGUCCUCAUUGCCGUGCUCCACUCCAGCUACGAGAACUAGUAAACUGUCGUUGGGCAGAAGAAGUAACACAGCAGCUUGAUACUCUUCAACUCUGUAGUCUCACCAAACAUGAAGAAAAUGAAAAGGACAAAUGUGAAAAUCACCAUGAAAAACUUAGUGUAUUUUGCUGGACUUGUAAGAAGUGUAUCUGCCAUCAGUGUGCACUUUGGGGAGGAAUGCAUGGCGGACAUACCUUUAAACCUUUGGCGGAAAUUUACGAGCAGCAUGUUACUAAAGUGAAUGAAGAGGUAGCCAAACUUCGUCGGCGUCUUAUGGAACUAAUUAGCUUAGUUCAAGAAGUGGAAAGAAAUGUAGAAGCUGUAAGAAAUGCAAAAGAUGAGCGUGUCCGGGAAAUUAGGAAUGCAGUGGAGAUGAUGAUUGCUCGGCUUGACACACAGCUGAAGAACAAGCUUAUAACCCUCAUGGGUCAGAAAACUUCUCUGACACAAGAAACGGAACUUUUGGAAUCCUUACUUCAGGAGGUAGAGCACCAGUUGCGAUCUUGUAGUAAAAGCGAGUUGAUAUCUAAGAGCUCGGAGAUCCUUAUGAUGUUCCAGCAAGUUCAUCGAAAGCCCAUGGCGUCCUUCGUCACCACUCCUGUUCCACCGGAUUUUACCAGUGAAUUAGUACCAUCGUAUGAUUCAGCUACUUUUGUUUUAGAGAAUUUCAGCACUUUGCGCCAGAGAGCAGAUCCUGUUUACAGUCCACCUCUUCAAGUUUCAGGACUUUGCUGGAGGUUAAAAGUUUACCCAGAUGGAAAUGGAGUUGUUCGUGGUUACUACUUGUCUGUGUUUCUGGAACUCUCAGCUGGCUUGCCUGAAACUUCCAAAUAUGAAUAUCGUGUAGAAAUGGUUCAUCAGUCCUGCAAUGAUCCUACAAAAAAUAUCAUUCGAGAAUUUGCAUCUGACUUUGAAGUUGGAGAAUGCUGGGGUUAUAAUAGAUUUUUCCGUUUGGACUUACUUGCAAAUGAAGGAUACUUGAAUCGACAAAAUGAUACAGUGAUUUUAAGGUUUCAGGUUCGUUCACCAACUUUCUUUCAAAAAUGCCGGGAUCAGCAUUGGUAUAUUACUCAAUUGGAGGCUGCACAGACUAGCUAUAUCCAACAAAUAAAUAAUCUUAAAGAGAGACUUACUAUUGAGUUAUCUCGAACUCAGAAAUCAAGAGAUUUGUCACCGCCAGCUAAUCAUCUUAGCCCCCAAAAUGACGACACUCCCGAGGCACGAUCCAAGAAGUCCGGGCCCGGUGCUGACGUCCUUCUCCCAGACGGUCCUACUUCAGCUUCUGUAAGAGAGGCCAAGGAGGAUGAAGAUGAGGAGAAGAUUCAGCAUGAAGAUUAUCAUCAUGAGCUUUCGGACGGGGAUCUGGAUCUGGAUCUUGUUGGCGAAGAUGAAGUAAAUCACCUCGACGGCAGCAGCUCCUCUGCCAGUUCCACGGCCACAAGUAACACGGAGGAAAAUGACAUUGAUGAAGAAACGAUGUCUGGAGAGAAUGAUGUGGAGUACAACAACAUGGAACUGGAAGAGGGGGAGCUCAUGGAAGAUGCGGCUGCUGCAGGACCGGCAGGUAGUAACCAUGGCUACGUAGGUGCCAGUAGCAGAAUGUCAAGAAGAGCACAUUUGUGCUCUGCUGCUACCAGUAGUUUAUUAGACAUUGAUCCUUUCAUUUUAAUACAUUUGUUGGACCUAAAGGACCGGAGCAGCAUGGAAAACCUGUGGGGCUUACAGCCUCGCCCGCCUGCUUCACUGUUGCAGCCCACAGCCUCAUAUUCUCGAAAAGAUAAAGAUCAAAGGAAGCAGCAGGCAAUGUGGCGCGUUCCCUCUGACUUAAAGAUGCUAAAAAGACUCAAAACUCAAAUGGCUGAAGUUCGAUGUAUGAAAACUGAUGUAAAGAAUACACUUUCAGAACUGAAAAGCAGCGGCGCUGCUUCUGGAGACACGCAGACAAGUCUUCUGUGUGCUGACCAGGCAGCCCUGGCUGCAUGUGGAACCGACAGCUCGGGCAGGUUACAGGACUUAGGAAUGGAGCUCCUGGCAAAGUCAUCCGUUGCCAGUUGUUACAUACGAAACUCCACAAGUAAGAAGAGUAAUUUGCCCAAGCUGGCUCGGUCUAGUAUAGCAGGUAGUCUGUCACUUCGAAGAGCAGUGGACUCGGGGGAAAGCAACCUGUCAAAGGGAGACUGUCAGCCUCUGUCUGAAGGUUCCCCGGGGAGCUCGCAGGCCGGGAGCAGGCACAGCUCUCCCCGAGCCUUGGCGCACGGCAGUGUCAGCGACGUGCCGCCGCCGAAGCUCGAAGACCGGCAGUGUCAGGCUUCGGGUUCGGAUGCUGUUGUGGUUGCAGUCGUCAGUGGCUUACCCGCCAUGGAGAAAAGGAGGAAAAUGGUUCCCUUGGGGGCUAAUGUUAAAGGAGGUUGUUUGGAAGGAAUGCAAAUAACUGACUUGGAAAAUAAUUCUGAAACUGGGGAACUACAGCCUAUACUGCCUGAAGGAGCUUCAGCUGCCCCAGAGGAAGGAAUGAGCAGUGACAGUGACGUGGAAUGUGACACUGAGAACGAGGAGCAGGACGAGCACACCGGCCUGGGCGGGUUUCACGACUCUUUCCUGGCUCAGCCCCCAGACGAAGAUCACAAAUUCUCUGAAGACAGCUUUGUUUACAACCCAGCAAAUCUUUACACUUAAAUACCACACUUGAUGCACAUUCCAAUUUUCCUGAUGAUGAACAAAUAGGCCCUGAGGAUUUCAGCUUCAACACUGAAGACAAGAGUGGAAGGUAAUUUUCAAGCCAAGAGAACUGAUUUGCAAGCUAUCCUGACCCCGAAAUGUGCUGUAAGUUGGUGCUCAGAUUGUCAUCUGUCAGAUAAUCAGAUUUGGUCUAAUUUUUUUUCAUCGUAUCUACCUGAAGCAGUAAUGCCGAAACUUUAGGAAGUAGCACAAUUCUAGUAUAAGACAUUAGUACACAGGGAAAAAUUAAGGGUGUGAGGGAAAUUCUGUGUGAUGUAAUGAAUAAACACUUAAUCCUUAAUUAAUUUAGUGAAAUAGUAUAUUUGUAAAAAGCAGUUUGCUACAACAGAAGGGCCAUCAACUGCCAGAAAACGCCCCUGGAGCCGGUGCGCGCGCUCGGUGGUGCUCAGCACGGGCGCCCCUCUGCUUUCGGCUAGACGCUCGCUCGUCCCCAGUGGCCCACCUUCGCACGUGCGCGUUAAACACCGCGCAUUUCACCAUGCCCACAGGUCCGUGAACAGAAGAAUUACAUGUAGGCUCUGCCCCGUAGAUAUGUUACGUGAGUGACUGAAGUGACACUAGACUGACUCUCCUCUGUGGGGUGUGCUAACUGAAGUUAACUUAUCUCUUGUUUUUUCAAAUGCAGGCACACUGAUUAGUGGCACAUACUCUUUCUGUUGUGUGACUUUUACAAAUGUAAUUUUAAAUGAAUUGAGUUGAUGGAGAUUGGCCAUGUUCCUGGUUAUAUAAACGUGUGUAAGAUCAUUUAAAAUUAUUUCAUUGUUACGCCUCUGAAGUACAAGUAUCUGAAAGUCCUCUUCUUUAUUUUUAUUCAUUGGACAUUGAUUUCAGUGUCUCUACUUCUAACAACGUACGUGUACUGCCGUGGUUCGCAUGGAACUGGGGUGUGAGGGUUGCUGCCACACUGCGGUUAGCCCAGAAUCGUUGCCAGACUUGGCUGCUGUGCUCCUGCAUUUGUGUUUGAGCUGCUGGCCUGUGGGUGAAAGUCACACUGAAAGUUGACAAGGAAACUAUUGGAAAAGCAUGAAUAUAUAUACAUGUGAGAGGCAUCUCAUCUGCUUAGAUUUUACUUAGCAUUAUUCACUUUUCCAUGUCUGAUGUCUUGCCGGUUGCUGUGAUUCAUGGUUUGCUCUUGUUCAAAACAGUUUGCACUUUUUGCUAAUAAAAUGACCUUGAGAAAAUA